AUGUCCUUGAAUAACGACAAUGGCACGGCCGAAAAGGCCAUGGGCCCUAAGCUGCAGCAAAGCGCCAGCGCAAGCUCUGUUCGCGAUGGCGAACACGAGAUCGUUGAGGACGGCGCUAUCCGCGACUUUUAUGGUAGCGCUGUGAACGAGUCCUACCGCUUGAAGUCGGAGCUGGUAGCGGAACACCUUACAAGAAUCGGCACUGGAAAGUUUCAAUGGAUUCUGUUUGUCGUCAACGGUUGCGGCUGGAUGGUCGACAACUUCUGGUCGCAAGGCAUUACCGCUGUCCGUCCUCCCAUCGUGAACGAGUUCGAUGAUAUAUCCAGAAUCAGUUUCAGUUCGGUCGCUUACUACGUCGGACUGAUUGUUGGUGCCUUCUUCUGGGGUACCAUGUCUGAUGUCAUUGGCCGCAAGCCUGCCUUCAACUCCACCAUCCUCAUCGGUGCUGUCUUCGCCUUAGCCGUCGCUGGUGCCCAAGACUUCGUCACCUUCUGCUCCCUCUGGGCUGUUAUUGGAACAGCCGCCGGUGGCAACGUUCCCGUCGACAGUAUUGUCUUUCUCGAGUUCGUCCCUCAGAGCCAUCAAUGGUUGCUUGUCACACUAUCUGCCUGGUGGAACCUUGGACAGCUCAUCGUGUCUCUACUCGCAUGGGUCUUCCUCGCCAAUUUCGCUUGUACUAGUCCCGAAGGCUGCACUCGACAAGACAACAUGGGCUGGCGUUAUCUCAUGAUCACGCUCGGAGCUAUUGCUCUCUGCUUGGCCAUGAUAAGAAUUCUCCUCUUCAAGAUUCCCGAGUCUCCCAAGUAUCUUCUCUCCAAGGGUCGCGAUGCCGAGGCUGUGGAGUCCGUCAACUACAUUGCCCGAUACAACGGAAAACCCGAGACUCUUACACUGGAGAUGAUGCAGGAUAUUGAUCGCCAGAUCUACUCAUCUGCCGUCGUCUCAUCCACCGGCGAGGGCGAGCCUGUUCAUGCAAUCCCCGAUCAGUCUGAGAGGAAGGUUCCAUUGAAGGACAUAAUCAAGGAAAACUUCAAGGACUUCAACCUGAACAGCUACCGCACACUCUUCGCUGGUCGCAAGAUGGCUCAGCACAGCGCUGUCACAUUCCUGAUCUGGCUGACCAUAGGCAUUGCUUACCCGCUUUACUUUGCGUUCAUCACUUCCUACCUCGAGUCCAAGUCCGAUUACUCUGGCAACACAUCAUUCAGCCACACCUAUAUGGUCUACUGCAUCGUAUCGGCUACUGGUGUCGUGGGUCCUAUUGCUGCAGGCUUCCUCGUCGAAACACGAUUCGGCCGUAGGUGGAUGAUGGCCAUUUCGGCUGCUCUCACAGGUGCAUUCCUUUUUGCCUACACUGCUGUUGGAACCGAAGCCGGAGAUAUCGGAUUCCAGUGCGCCACUGCUAUUCUUGGAAACUUUGAAUACGCCGUCAUGUUUGCCUUCACUCCUGAGUCUUUCCCUGGUCCUGUCCGAGGUACUGGAACCGGUAUCGCCGCCACUCUGCUCAGACUUGGAGGUCUUGUUGCCUCUUUCAUCUCAACCUAUUCUGGUUUCUCAGUCGUACCCAUCUACGCCAGUGCUGCGCUUUGGAUUCUUGUUGGCUUCUUUUGUAUUGGCCUGCCAUAUGAGACCCAUGGACACGCCUCUCUUUGA